AUGUUUCGACAAAUUAAAGUACACGAAGAUGAUUGGGACUAUCAGCGGAAUUUAUGGUACGAUGAAGCUGAUAACCUCAUGGAAUUUCAACUAACAACUGUCACGUAUGGAACAACUUCAGCUCCAUGGUUGUCCCUACGUGUUUGUGAGCAACUCGUCAAGGAUGAAGGACACAAGUAUCCAAAAGCAGUAGCAGCAAUGACAAGAGGAAAAUUCGUAGAUGACAUCUACGAUGGGGCCGACACUGAAGAGGAACUAGAGAAGAAAGAUACACUUCAGAUCACCGUAAAAGCAGCGAGCAAGAAGGCAAUCACCAAGAGAAUCAUCCUCUCUGAAAUCGCAGAAAUUUACGACCCAAUUAGCAUCGUAGCUCCAGUAAUAGCUAGAGCCAAGAUCAUCAUGCAAGAAGUAUGGAAACGCAACGUAAAUUGGGAUGAUCGAUUAUCCGAUGACACCAUUCUCAUCUGGCAAACAUUCAGAGAGGAACUGGAACACCUCAGCAAAAUCAACAUCCCAAGGUGGUUACAUUUAAGAACUGAAGAUCAAGUGGAGAUUCAUGGCUUCGCAGACGCAUCCAAUCUCGCAAUGGGAGCGGUAAUUUAUCUCAGGGUAACCUCACCAACAUCUCCACUGAUCGUAACACUAGUUGCAGCCAAAACGAAGGUCGCCCCAUUAAAGAAAAUCACCAUCCCACGCUUGGAACUGGGAGCUGCAUUAAUCCUGGCUGAGCUCACAACUAAGGUACAAAAGCUACUCGAUCUUGAACAUAUUAACCCAACACUUUGGAGCGACUCAUCGGUAGCUCUUACAUGGAUCAAAGCUCCACCAUCCCUCCAAGUGGAAAGACUUUGUCCAACAUCGAGUCCAAAAAAUCCAAGAUACUCAACCAGCAGCAACAUGGAAACACGUCCGCCAUGGUUGUCAUCAUCGCCAGAGUAUUGGCCAGCAUCAUCAAUCAAAAAAUCAUCACCCGAGGCAAGCAUCGAAGAAAGAACAGCAAAAGCUACAGCUUAUCCAACACAGCCAGUAACAGAACACAACGAGCUAUUAUUGGGCCAUUCCAAUCUGUCAGAGCUACUUAAAAACACGGCACUCGCAAGGAGAGCCUGUGACAUCCUUCUCAAAAGGCGAAGACCAGACUCUUCACCAGUCACACCAAUCGAAAUCGAAUCAGCAAGGAAACAUUGGCUGACUUACACCCAGUCGACAUUUUUUGCUGAAGAAAUUCAUCGAAUAAGAGAGAACAUUCCACUACCGAACGGUUAUCCACUGUUGAAACUCAUGGCGUACCUCGACGAGGAAGGCAUACUGAGAGUGGGUGGCAGACUAAGCAAUGCGGCUAUCAACAAGGAGGAGCAACAUCAGGCAAUCAUCCCAAGAUCAUCGAAACUCACCCAACUGAUCAUCAACGACGCACAUGGACGAACACUACAUGGGGGAACGCAGCUAACACUCUCUCUAAUACGACAAAAAUACUGGAUAAUGGGAGGAAGAACACCAGUUCGUUCAUUCAUCCUAAAAUGCAUCACCUGUGCUCGGCAUCGUGCUCAGCGAGCUCAGCAAAUUAUGGGACAAUUACCCUCAAUGGCAGUCAACCCCUCCAGAGCAUUUCAACAUAGUGGAGUUGAUUUUGCCGGCCCAUUCACAGUGAGACGAUGGAGAUCUGCCGGAGCAGUCACCUAUCAAUCAUACGUCGCUGUAUUUGUCUGCUUCGCUACGUCAGCGGUACAUCUAGAGCUUGUCACUGAUCUCAGCACUGAAGGAUUUCUUGCAUCAUACAAAAGGUUUGCAGCACGGCGAGGAAUCUGUACGACAAUCACCAGCGACAAUGGAAAAAAUUUCGUUGGAGCAAGCAAGGAACUACAACGGUUAUUUGAUUCAGCCUCUCAAGCAGUACUCAACUCGAGGCCACUUUGUCCACUCACCAAUGACCCUGAAGAUCCAGCAGCAUUAACCCCAGGACACUUCCUAAUCGGAGAGCCACUCAUCAGUGUACCAGAACCUAAUCUCAAGGCUAUCAAGACUGGACGUCUUAAUCGGUGGCAACUUAUCACACAAAAGUCAACGGAGCUGACGACUUACAAGACUUUAUCGUGGAGCAACAAGACAACAACGUGGAUCAACAAGGAGAACCAAGGGAAUCAGCACAUCAUGAUGUAA